AUUACCAAACACCGGCCAAAUUUUGGCAAAAAACCACAAAAGCCUCAUCUUAACUUUACGCGAAAGUUACAAAAACCCGUUUGCUCGCCAUCAUGGACGAGAUAAAGUCGAAUUUCGACCGAGAAAUUGAGGCACAAUUCACAGACAAGUACCCGAAGCCGAAACGUCUCAGUUUUGACUACCUAAACACAACAUUCGAGAAUGCAACAACAAAGAAACGCAAGCUGAGUGAUGCUGGCGCCGAGAAAAAUGACGAAUUUUCGUCGUGUAAUGCGAGCAAUUCGUCUCUUAACAUGAGUUCGUGGGAGACACGCAUUCUAAAAGCGGAUCUCGUUGAAGCCCAAUCACGCAUCAUCUCGCUAAAGAAGGAAAUUGAGCAACAAAACAGGAUUCGGAGCGAAAUGGAACUCAAUUUUCAGCACAAAAUUGACCAAUUGACGAAGGAAACGACGCACAAAACCGCCAAAGUUGACGAACUCGAGAAAAUGACAAAGGCUUUGAGAAAGUCUGAACGAAAAUAUCGCGAAGCAGCGACAAAAGCGAAUGCGGAACUGAGUGAGUACAAAACGGAAGCGGAUGAACGAUAUUUUACGCUGGAACAAGAAUUCGAGGAUUUUCAACAAACAGCGAGAUCUUCCGAAUUCGAGUAUACAAACGAAAUUUCCGAACUUACGCGAGCCUUGAACGAAGAACAGAUGAACAAGGAGCUGUUGCAAUCAGAAAAUGCCCGUUUGGAAGCGAGAAAUGCCGAACUGGAAGAACGUCAAGCAGAAAUGGAUGCAAUCCGCAAGUCUUUCGAAGAGGAACAAACAAAACUCGCCCUCGCCGAAUCAAAAAUCAAAACUCUGGAAUACGAGUUGGCAGGUUACGGCGAAUAUCAAGGCUUGGCAAAAGUCACGAAAGAACGUUUGAACAAAUUUGACGAGAUGGAACGCGAAGUCGAACGUCUCACGACGAAAAAUAAGCAACUUUACGACUUAAUUGGCGGCAAACUCCUGAUGGAAGAGCAAAUUCACGAUCUCAAAUCGCGUCUCGAGAAUGCCGACAAGGAACGAGAAGAACUUGUGCAAAUUCGCGUCAAAUUCGACGCUUUGGAACAAGAAUUGCAAGAAUGGAAAAAACUCGCUGCUGAUUACAUUCCAAAUGAUUUCAAUCCGGGCCCGGCAAUGCUUCGACGAAAAAUUGACGACAUCUUGCAAAAAGACUUGCAAAUUGCGAAUGACUCGGCUGCGGCAAAAUCCGAAAAAGCAUUGAUGGAAUGCGAAAAAGACGAGCUCAAGACACAAGCGGAAUUGCAAAAGAAACAAAUUGAGGAUUUGCAACGAGGAUUGAAACAUCAUCAGACAAUUUUGUCGCGAUUGCAGAAGAAAUUGCAACUCGUAGCGAAGGAACGGGAUGCUUACAAGCAACUUUUGGACAAUUACGAGAAGGAUUUGACGAUUUCUUCCGCAUCAUCAUUAAACGCUCCCGACUCACAAACUCGUCUCCGCAUCGACAAUCUCGAGAAAACACUCGCCGGUUACAAAGACGUUUGUGCUCGCCUCGAACAAGAACUCGAAGCUGCCAAAGCGACGCCUUCUGAUUUCUCCAACAACAUAUCCGAGCAAUUUGAGGUCAUGAAAAAAGAACUCAAUCUCAUUCGUACGGAAAAUGAGCGUUUACGCCGCCGCAAAGACGAACUCGAACUCGAGUUGGAAAAUCACUUAUUACGUGCAUCCGUUAUGGGACCUCAACAAUCCAGCCAACAACCCUCGUCACGUAAAAUUUUGCAUUUCAGCAACAAUCCUGCCAGCGAAGCGCAUCGUUCGCACAUGCUCGAAAUCGAAAAAUUACAAGCCGAAGUCGAACGUCUCAAGAAAAAGUGCAAAAAACUCGAAGAAGGCAACUUGGAGUUGACAACUCGCUUACAAGACGAAUCCAUGAUGACGAUGAACUUGAAGGACAUCAACAAGCUAACGGAGAAAAACAAAUCUUUGGAAGCCAAAAACAAACAUUUGAAGGAAAUUUACAAAUCCAUGUCGCAAGAACUGCGAGAAGUUGUCUACAUGUUGUUUGGAUUUCGUGUCGAUCGUGUCGGAAACGGACUUUAUCGUAUCUCAUCGAUGUACGCGGAUGCUCCUGAGGAUUUUUUGAAUGUUCGUUUGAGCCCCGAGGGAUCUUUAGACUUGCUUGAAUCCGAUUAUUAUGAAAGUUUGUCGGAUCUAAUUCAAUCGACGCUCGCCAUGCACAGCUCGAUGCCCGCUUUUUUGAGUACACUCACUUUAGAGUUGUUUAAUCGCACAACGAUGUGCAUGUAAAAAAUUUCGUUUUAGGAAAAAAAUUGAAAAUUGUAAUAAAAAAUUGAAAUAUCUCUUAAUAAU